AUGCAAACUCGGACGACGCUCGCCAGAUGUACCCCCCUGGCGACAUCCUCCACGGAAUCCGUGGUGCACACGCUGCAUAAUCACGGUGCGAUGAUCGAACAGAAUCCCUUGGUCAUCCACUACGAGCGGUGCGCGCCCCCUGCCGAUGCCCCGCCUGACGAAGCAGAUGCGAUCUGGUACGAGCUGACCGACCGGAUCGCCAUCCUGCCGUGGGGCCUGCUCCAGGGUAAGGUGCGCUAUCGGGCCUGUUUCCACGACACUCCACAGGGGCUCCGGACGCACAUCUAUGCGCCAAUGGGGGUGAACAUCCGCAACUACUGGAGCGUGGUCCGUCGGUCGGAGAAGAAGGAUCCCCCAGCCGUGCAACACCCAGAACAGCCACGUUCGCCAGAAUUCCAGCUGGAGGGGCAGGAGGGGCAGGAAGCAGAGGAGGGGCAGGAAGCACAGGAGGGGCAGGGCGAUCCCGAAGGCGGAUUGUUCUUGCAGGAGCAGGUGGAUCUGCGGUGUCCCUGGGGCAUGACCGGUUUUGUACGGCGGACGCUCACGCAGGCGCACCAGGAGUUAGUGGCGCGGCUGGCGGUGGCUGGGGGAUUUUGA